UGGAAUGAGGGAUCCAUGAAGUACUCGAUGAUGGCUUCCAGACCCGAAUCGCGAAAGAUAUUUGUCGACAGUGUUGUUGAGUUUAUCGAAAGAUACGGUUUUGAUGGACUCGAUCUCGAUUGGGAAUAUCCCGGUUCUCGAGGAGGCAAACCUGAAGACAAACGCAAUUUAGUCGAACUUCUUCGAGAACUGAAAGCGGCGUUUACUCCGAAAGGCUAUUUGUUGACCUCCGCUGUAUCGGCCGGUAAACUAUUCAUUGAUCCGGCCUAUGAUAUUCCUAUGGUUUCCCAAUAUUUGGAUCUAAUCAAUGUGAUGUGUUAUGAUUAUCAUGGUGGUUGGGAAGAUAAAACUGGACAUAACGCUCCCUUAUAUGGUCGUCCCGAUGAACCGGCUGGUGAUCAGAUACUCAAUGUGAAUUAUUCAAUAAACUACUGGAUAUCUAAAGGCGCUCCAAGAAGUAAGAUAGUACUGGGAAUGGGUACUUAUGGGCGAUCUUUUACACUACAAAAAGCCGAAAAUAAUGGUUUGUGGUCACCGGCACCACAAAAAGGUCAGGCCGGACCCUAUACCAGAGAGCCCGGUUCACUCGGUUAUAAUGAGAUCUGCGAAAUGAAGAGUCGAAAGAAUACGAUGACUGAAGUCAGAGAUCCUUAUUAUAUGGCGCCGUAUGCCUACACUGACAGACAAUGGUUCGGUUAUGACGAUGUCGACAGUAUUACAUUGAAAGCCCAGUAUAUAAAAGCUAUGCAAUUGGGCGGUGGUAUGAUUUGGUCCAUUGAAACGGAUGACUUCAAGGGCAAAUGCGGUGAAAAGUAUCCACUUUUGAAUGCAAUCAACAAAGUAUUCAAAAGUAAUGAAAUUGUAAUGCCUUUGCCAAAGCCAUCGGAUUCUGAAGAUGUCGAAGUUAACAAACCUGUAACUCAAUCAACGACAACAACAACAACUGCAAAGCCAUGGGUUUGGGCGCAAUCAUCAACCACCGCAUCGUCUAGUUGGCCGGUAUGGUCUACGCCAUCUACUUCUAUGACAUGGUGGCCACGACCGUCAUCGACACCAUCACCAUCGAGUCAAUCAUCGACGUGGUGGCCGCAGCAGCCUUCCGUAAGUUCAGUCAUAUGGUGGCAGCCCACUUCUUCAUCGUCAUCAUCAAGUCACUGGUCGUGGGCACCGACACAUCCUGUUCAUCAAAGUUCAACUCCUACUAAAGCCGAAGAGAUGACAUCUCCAUCGACACCUAUAACUUCAUCAACACCCGGUCACGAAGUCGAAGAAGAUCCAAGUCCUUCAUCAUCUUCUACUUCUUCGCCUCCAUCGUCAUGGGGACCACCAUCAUCAUCGCCAUCCUCAUGGGGACCGCCAUCACCGCCCUCAUGGGGUGGACCGCCAAAUCCAGAUAACUUUGUCUGUCCAGGACCCGGUAUUUUCAAGCAUCAAACCGACUGUCAAAAGUUCUAUCGAUGUAUUCAAACACCAAAAGACGGUCUGUUUUUGCCGUAUCCCUACAGCUGUCCGGCGAAGACAGUGUUCAAUCCGACCACCAAUUUAUGCGAUUGGGUCGAGAAUGUACCCGAAUGUACAAAACGGGUCCCAAACAACUUCUUCAGGUUUCAUAAUUCGCACAGAAAUGUAUCAUAA